AUGGUGCUCUCCGCAAUUUCCUGGCUGUCGGAGAAUGCAGACUCUCAACAGCCAAAGAUGUCAGAGAGCUACAUGAGGUCUAAUGCCUACUACGCUGUCAAGGCUCGAGAAACCAUUCCCGUGGCCAAAGAUAUCCCAGAGGACCUGUUUCUGAAGUAUGUCUUGCCUUACAGGGUGGUAGAUGAGCCUGUCGACGACUGGAGAGCUGGUUUCUUCCAAGUUCUAGCGCCUUAUGCCCAAGAGGCAAAAAGCCUUCGAGGCGCAGUCAAGGAGGUGGUUCCUCGAAUCUUCACCUCAUUGAGAGCUUCUCCAAAGGUCUUGCAAAAGCCAAAUCAAAGCGCAGUUGUCUUCAAGUCCAAUUCUACACCUGCCAUGAUGGCGCCGGUGAGCGAAACCUUGACGUCAGGCUACGCAUCUUGCACUGGAACUUCCAUUCUGAUUGUAGAUGGCCUGCGAGCUGUUGGCAUCCCGGCACGUAUGGUCGGAACGCCUCAGUGGAAUAUCCCUACGGGUGGCAACCACAACUGGGUAGAGGUUUGGCUGGGAGAUGGAUGGCACUUCUUCGAUGCUGUCCCCGACGUUCAGUUGGAUGAGGCCUGGUUUGUGCCGGGCAACACCAAGCACGCCGAUAACAAGGACACACGCCAUGCCAUCUUUGCAGCUGAAUGGGCUGAGGGCGAUGCCACAUAUCCUUUGACGUGGCGGAAACCUUCCGUCAUGUGGCGAGCAGAGCCUCCUGUAGUCAUGGCAAAGCGAAGGGGGCUGCACCGCUUGCUCCUUGCAACUGUGGUUGUUACCCUUGUCGGCGAAUGCGCCUUCACCUUCGCGGGCCGGCGUUUCGUCACGAGCUCGGCCGGGCGCCGCAAUGUGGAGCUGAGAGCGGAGAAGAAGUACCGGGUUUUGGUGCCCAUUGCUGAAGACUCGGAAGAAAUCGAGACUGCCUGCAUAACAGAUGUCCUCACACGCGCUGGGGCUGAUGUGACAGUCGCUAGCUGCAGUGGGGACUUGCAAGUACGAAUGUCUCGCGGUUUGAAGGUGGUGGCCGACAAAGACAUCAAGGACUGCAAGGGCGAAACUUGGGACGUGAUCGCACUACCUGGCGGCAUGCCGGGAGCGGAACAUCUCCGCGACAAUCAGGUCUUGGAGGAAAUGUUGAAGGAUCAAAAGUCGUCCGGUCGUGUGACUGCAGCAGUGUGUGCAAGCCCAGCGGUGGUCUUUGCUCAUCAUGGCCUGCUUGAGAGCAGUGCCACUUGCUAUCCAGCACCUAAGUUCAAAGAGCUGGUGGGUUCGGGUUGGAAGGAUGCGAAAGCCGUGGUGGACGGCAACGUCAUCACCAGCCAGGGACCGGGCACCUCGCUGCAGUUUGCUUUGAAGAUUGUGGAAGAGAUCUACGGCGAAGCUAAGGCUCAAGAGCUUGCGGAACAGAUGGUGACCAACAGGGCAUAA